AUGCCGGACCUUUGCAGCGACCCUGAAGAUUGUGACUACAACGAGAUUCAAGACGGUGGGGAUCAUGGGAUUAGGGAUGGAGGCGGUGGGGUCUAUGGUCGCGGGGAUGAAAGAGGGGAGAAUGGGUACGGGGGUCAGGAUGGGGAUGAGUCUCGAAGUCAAGACGGUCGGGAAGCUGAAGAGGCAUUGUGGUUCGAUGAUGCGACACUCACGGGUGUGAUUGAAGCAGGGGAAGAAGCGGUAGCGGAAGUUGAGGAAAGUGAGCUGCCGGAUCUUGUAUCGCCUCGUACGAGCACGUCACCGGAUGUGGCUGAAACGGGUGUGACUGAAAUGCGUGUGACAGAAACGGAUGUGCCUGAAACGAGGCCUCUGAAUGAAAAUGAAGCGGCAGCAAGCGAGGAUGAACUGCCAGCACUUACCAGUGGCAGCUUUGGCGGUGGUACUAGCGAGAGUGACCAUAGCGAGUACGACGAGGACGAGGAAAACGAGGUAGAGGAAAGGUGGUGGCAAAGAGAGAAUCAGACCCCGGGCGUCAGGGGCCGUCACUAUAACGAGCACGACGAGAGCGACAAUAGCGAGUACAGCGAGAGUGACGAUAGCGAGUACGAGAUGGAGGAGAGGGAGGCAGAGAAUCGGAUCCCAGGCCGCAGGAACCGCGGGAAUUGGGCGGCGGAUCACUUUCUUAGCACUCUAAGACAACUGGAGGGGCUGUUGCUGGAAAUAGGAGGCUCGUGGUCUAGCCUUGAAGGGGAGGCGGAGGGAGAAGGACAGGAAGCGGAAAGGGAGGAGGAGGAUGGGGAGGAGGAGGAGGAAGGAGAGGGGGGAUGGAGCGACGAAGAGGAGGAGCAUGUGGGAGGGAGGGCGCGCGUGCCUCUGUUUCGCAUGGGCGUUGAGAGGCUGGCGUCUGGCUUUAACAGCGCACGGGGCAGGCGCGGACGGCGAGGGGUGAGGCGAGGGGGUUUGGCAGGGACUGGACCGCUAUCCGCAGCACAAGCGGCAGAAAUGGCACGGCUUGAAGGAGCUGCACCAGUGUUCAUGACACCUUUUCAGGAGGUCGAGGGAGCAAUUCCUGCUGUGCAGCAGGGCGAGAGGGAGAGAGUCGAGAGGGAGAGAGUCGAGAGGGAGAGAGGCGAGAGGGAGAGAGGCGAGAGGGUUCGAGGCGAGAGGGAUCGAGGAGAAGCACCUGGGAGAGCAGCAUCCGAGAGAGAAGUGUUCGAGAGAGAAGAGCGCGAGAGGCAGGCGCGUGAGGGAGAGGCACAGGCGUUUGUAGCCGAGCCCACAGAGGACAGGGGAGCGGGGCUGCUGAGGCGGCUGAGAGCAGCUCAGCAGCAGGCGCUGCUGCGGCUGGAGGUGGGGCUGGAGCGGCGCCUGCAGCAGCUCAUGCAGGAGCUGGUUGGGCCCUCCGUGCAUGUGGAGUUCAGCCUUCGCCGCGGCCGCCUUGUCAAUGCUGACGGCAGCCUUGCUGCUGGUGCUGAUGGCGGUGGGGGUGCUGGUGCUGCCGACGGUGCUGGUGGUGCUGGUGGUGCUGGUGGCGGUGCUGGUGGUGGUGGUGGGGGUGGCCGUUUGUAUGGUGCUGGUGUUCGUGGUGGUGGUGCUGGUGGGCUGGCGUUUGGCGGGGCUGGGUUCGAGGCUGGGAUACACUGGGGCGACGGACCUGCUGCUGCCGAACCUGCUGGCUUCUUAGGCGCGGGUGCUGCCACCACGGAUUCAGACGGAGUCACAACCACCACCAUCGUCUUUGGCAACCGAGGCGACUUUGGUAACCGAGGAGACUAUCUCGACGGCCCUGGUUUAGACGCUUUUCUCGACCAGCUUCUUGCGGCAGACGCCCAGCAACGCGGCAAUCCCCCAGCGGCGCUGUCCGCGGUCGACGCGCUGCCAGCUGUCGCCGUGAGAUUGGAGGACGUGGAGAGCGGCGCGUCGUGCUGCGCGGUGUGUAAGGAGGUGGCGGAGGUGGGGGAGGAGGUGGUGAGGCUGCCGUGCCGGCACUUGUACCACGGGGGGUGCAUUCGGCAAUGGCUUGCCGUGAGAAACUCGUGCCCCAUCUGCCGGUUUGAACUGCCCACUGAUGAUGAGGAGUAUGAGGAGCGGAGGAGGUUACGAGAGCAGGUGCAGGAGCAAACGGGGCGGUCGCAGGGGGUGGGGGAGGAAGUUAGGCGGCAGCAGAGAGAGGGGUCUGAAGCGGGGCAGCGGCAGGGGGAGGGGGGGGAAGCAGGGCUGUGGCAGGGAGAGGGGGGGGCGGAUGGGUGGCGGGAACAGGAACCGCAGCAGCAGGGGCUGCAGGAGAGGAGGCAGCAGAGAGAGGUGCAAGCAGAUGGGACUUUUCGGGAGCAGCAACAGAGGCAGGAGCAGGAGCAGGGGCGGGAGCAUGAGGUGGAGCAACAGCAAGAGGGGGAGGCACGUGCGGUAGAAGGAGAGCGGGAGCGGGAUUCAUUUGCAGCUGACAGCCUAAGAGGCAGUGAGCAGCAGCAGAAUGGCGCGACAAGAGCUGGCGUGCCGCCUGUGGGAGGAGGGGAUGGGGAGCAGGCUUUGGUUGGAGCUGGCAACCCAAGAGGCAGCAGUGAUCGCAGGCAGCAUGAGGUGGCACGAGCUGGCGCGCAGCAGGUGGCGGUUGAGCGGAAUGAGGAGUUGGAAGGCGACGGGAGUGGUGAUCAGAGGCGUUUGGAAGGAGGUAGUGAAGAGGGGUUGAGGCAGAGCCUGGGGGAGGACGAGGGGAAUGGUGUGGGGAGCAUGAGUUUGCACGGCCAUAACGAAGCAGUUCGUGGUGCGGGGAGGGGAAGGGGCGGGCGGGCACGCAGGCAAGGAGGCCAUUUGCUGCGCCUGGCUGGUGUUCUUGCAGCGUUUGCUCUCGGGAGGUCUGUUGUGAGGCGUAUUCGAAGAGGAGAGCCGGGUUUAUUGGAGAUGAGCUCAAGGGAGGAGUGA